GUGUGGAGAGAGUCAAUGAGCAACAUGGCCAUGGAAUGGGUCUCCCUGCUGUCCCCUUUUUCUCCUUCUCUCUCAGUAUAUGACCACUGAGGAUAUGAUAUGAGUCAGUGGUGCCGACUGAUUCUCUGACUCCUCUCCUCUCCUCUGCCAGACUGAGUAUCCCAGGCUACAUGACAGGUAGCACCUCUUUUAUUCACACAAGCAGCCCAGGAGGCCGGCCUGGUCGGUGCAGGGGCUGGUAGAGGGGGCAGGGCCAUGGUAUGGUAAUGUUCUCAGAGGAAGUGAGCGCAGGGUAGUGGAAUGCUGCUGAGAUUAGUAGGACUGACUGGGAGUUCAACUGGCUGAUCAAGGCUGGCAGGACAGCGCUAACCGCUAGCUGCUGGAAGCCUAUCUGGAGAUACUGGGGAUUAUUAGUGUCAGGGGCUAACCAGCGGAUGAAAACAUGCCCCAUUUCACAGUGGUACCGGUUGAGGACAGCACUACGUCCAACUAUGACAGUCUGGAAGGAAUUAACUGGGUGGACUACAGAGACAAAGUACAGGGAGGACAGGGGGGACACCCUGGACAUCUAGACACUGUCAGCUCUGAUGGCCAUGGAAAUCACAACGAGGACAGUCCUUUCCUCAGCAGUGCAGAUGCUGUCAAGAGGACUGAUUUCUAUGACAGGAACCUGGCCUUAUUUGAGGAGGAGUUGGACAUCCGUCCCAAGGUGUCGUCUCUCCUCAGCCGGCUGGUCAACUACACCAACAUUACCCAGGGGGCCAGGGAGCACGAGGAGGCCGAGAACACAGGGACGUCACUCAGGAAGGCCCCAAAGUCACCCAACAUGGGUACCCUGAUGGGAGUCUACCUGCCCUGUCUACAGAACAUCUUUGGUGUCAUCCUGUUCCUUCGUCUAACGUGGAUCGUGGGCACAGCCGGCAUCGUCCAGUCAUUCCUCAUCGUCCUCAUGUGCUGCUCAUGUACAAUGCUCACUGCCAUAUCCAUGAGUGCCAUAGCUACAAAUGGUGUUGUCCCAGCCGGAGGGGCGUACUUCAUGAUCUCUCGUUCCCUGGGUGCUGAGUUUGGUGGGGCUGUAGGAAUCUGUUUCUAUCUGGGAACAACCUUCGCUGCUGCCAUGUACAUACUGGGAGCUAUAGAGAUCUUCCUGAAAUACCUGGUCCCCCAGGCGGCCAUCUUCCACGCCAGCGACCACCACGGGGGCGACAGUGCCAUCCUCAACAACAUGAGGGUCUACGGCACCAUCUGUCUCAGUCUCAUGGCCGUGGUGGUUUUUGUGGGGGUGAAAUACGUCAACAAGCUGGCCUCUCUCUUCCUGGCCUGUGUCAUUAUCUCUAUUGUCUCCAUCUACGCCGGGGCCAUCAAGUCCAUUUUCCAACCGCCCGACUUCUCGAUCUGUAUGUUGGGUAACAGGACAUUGGUGAGAGAUCAGUUUGACGUGUGUAGUAAGACGGUUCUACAGGGCAAUGUGACUGUAGCUAGUCAGCUUUGGAGGAACUUCUGUAGCUCUGGCAACAUAAGUAGUCCUCAAUGUGAUGACUACUUCAACCAGAACAACGUUACAGAGAUACAGGGAAUACCAGGACUGGCCAGCGGCAUCAUCAGCGAUAACAUGUGGGGAGACUACCUGGAGAAGGGUCAGAUCUUGGAGAAGGCUGGUCUGCCCUCAGUAGACGUCCACGGGGCUGUGGAGAGCUUCGGCCUGUACGUCUCAGCUGACAUCGCUACCUCCUUCACCCUCCUGGUGGGAAUCUUCUUUCCCUCCGCCACAGGUAUCAUGGCAGGCUCCAACAGAUCAGGAGAUCUGAAAGAUGCUCAGAAGUCCAUCCCUAUUGGAACCAUUUUGGCUAUAACCACUACUACCCUUGUCUAUUUCAGCUCUGUUGUUCUGUUUGGGGCCUGUAUUGAAGGAGUGGUCCUAAGGGACAAGUUUGGGGAUGCAGUCAGUAAGAACCUGGUUGUGGGGACUCUGUCCUGGCCCUCCCCCUGGGUCAUCGUGAUUGGCUCCUUUUUCUCCACCGUGGGGGCGGGACUACAGUCCCUGACCGGCGCCCCUCGUCUCCUACAGGCCAUCGCCAAGGACAACAUCAUCCCCUUCCUUAGGGUGUUUGGUCAUGGCAAGGCCAAUGGGGAGCCAACCUGGGCACUGUUACUGACAGGACUCAUCGCUGAGCUGGGCAUCCUCAUAGCCUCUCUGGACAUGGUGGCCCCUAUCCUCUCCAUGUUCUUCUUGAUGUGCUAUCUGUUUGUGAACUUAGCCUGUGCUGUGCAGACUUUACUACGGACACCCAACUGGAGGCCUAGGUUUAAAUAUUACCACUGGGCUCUGUCUUUUCUGGGUAUGAGUAUGUGUCUGGCUCUGAUGUUCAUCUCCUCCUGGUACUAUGCCAUCGUGGCCAUGUGCAUCGCUGGCAUGAUCUACAAGUACAUUGAGUACCAGGGAGCGGAGAAGGAGUGGGGAGAUGGGAUACGAGGUUUGUCCCUCAGUGCUGCGCGGUACUCUCUGCUACGGCUGGAGCAUGGACCACCUCACACUAAAAACUGGAGGCCCCAGGUCCUGGUGCUGUUGAAGCUGGAUGAGGACCUCCAUGUGAAGUAUCCCCGUCUGUUGACCUUUGUCUCCCAGCUGAAGGCAGGGAAGGGCCUGACCAUAGUGGGCUCUGUCAUCCAGGGACAGUUCCUGGACAGCUACGGAGAAACACAGGCCUCUGAACAGGCCGUAAAGAACAUGAUGGAGAUUGAGCGGGUGAAGGGUUUCUGCCAGGUGGUUGUGGCGUCCAAGGUGAGGGAGGGCAUUGCCCACCUGAUCCAGUCCUGUGGCCUGGGGGGCAUGAAGCACAACACAGUGGUGAUGGGAUGGCCCUACGGCUGGAGGCAAAGUGAAGACCCCCGCGCAUGGAAGACAUUCAUUAACACAGUCCGCUGUACCACAGCAGCCCACCUGGCUCUGAUGGUGCCCAAGAACGUGUCCUUCUACCCCAGCAACCAUGAACGCUUCACAGAUGGCACCAUCGAUGUGUGGUGGAUCGUCCAUGACGGAGGAAUGCUCAUGCUGCUACCUUUCCUGCUCAAACAGCACAAGGUUUGGAGGAAGUGUAAGAUGCGUAUCUUCACUGUGGCCCAGAUGGAGGACAACAGUAUUCAGAUGAAGAAAGACCUGGCUACAUUCCUGUACCAGCUGAGAAUAGAGGCAGAGGUGGAGGUGGUGGAAAUGCAUGACAGCGACAUCUCGGCCUACACGUAUGAGAGGACUCUGAUGAUGGAGCAGAGGUCUCAGAUGCUUAGACAGAUGAGGCUGUCCAGCGCAGAGCGAGAAAGAGAGGCCCAGCUGGUAAAGGACAGACACUCUCUGAUCCGUAUGGGCAGCCUGUACUCAGACGAGGAGGAGGAGGUGGUGGAGCCUGUAGCUGAUAAGAUCCAGAUGACCUGGACCAAGGAGAAGUACGAGGCAGAAAGGAGGAACAGGAACAACGCACCAGAGAACUUCAGAGAACUCAUGAGCCUCAAACCGGACCAGUCCAAUGUGCGGCGGAUGCACACGGCAGUGAAGCUGAACGAGGUAAUCGUCAACAAGUCCCAUGAUGCUCGUCUGGUGCUGCUCAACAUGCCGGGGCCGCCACGCAACACAGACGGAGACGAGAACUAUAUGGAGUUUCUGGAGGUGCUGACGGAAGGUUUGGAGAGAGUGCUGCUGGUGAGAGGAGGAGGACGAGAGGUCAUCACUAUCUACUCCUGACCUAUCAGAAACCACUGGGGUCAUAGGUCAUGACACUGCCUCGACAGGAAACAUUCCACCCCGACCACCGGGGGCACUGCAGCACCGGCAGCAGCAUCCAGCCGAUCCUCAACAUACAGUACACACAAACUGUGCCAAUUAAUGAUGGAAUUAAGAGGACUUUUAUUGUGGAAUUUGAGGACCACAGAAAGCAAUAAUAAUUUGCCUGGCAUUUCUGUGGAAUGUAUUGCCUUCCACGAGGACAGUAGCCUUUAAAGAUGACAUGCUAUAAUUCCCUCAUAUGAAUGCCUUAUUGCCAA